AAAGAUCCUUUGACCCGUCAGGAAUGUCGUUUCAUCUCGUCGCGCCGGUAUUACAUUAACGAUUGUACUAUUACCGUUAUCGUAACGGAUAAAAUGAGCCGUUAUAUCAAUUUCAGUUUGCGAGUGAAUGUGCGACGCUCUCACACUCCCCCGGAGACGUAACAUUUUCAAGACUUGCGUUUACGCUUUUCUCACUCUCUCUCUCUCUCUCUCUUCUCUCUUUUUCUCUCUUUCUCUAUGUUCGUAUAUUAUUGCUAUCCGGACGCUUGCGCGCCUCGCAGGUGCAAUUGCGGUGUGCGUGCAGGUGCACCUGUCGUCGAAGGGUGCGCAAGCGUCCAGGUAAUCGUACAUAAAGCUUUGAGUCGACGAGCUUUCACAGUCGGCAAACGCCGCUCGCGUCGCGUGUUCUCCCAUUGAGCCGCCAACCCCCAUGGAUGAUACACGAUCCUCUUAAUAUGCCGGAAAUGAAAGAAGAAGAAGACAAUUAUGAUUGAUAAUCAUCAAAAAGAAUGUGUAUUAAAUGUAAAAUGAAUUUUGAAGUGAAAUUAUUUCACUUUUUUAUUAUUAUUAAAUGGAAUAAAAAUUGUGACAGUUAGUGAACAAUAAAAAAAACAGUGAUAAAGCACGUUUGAGACUUAUUCUUCUUAUUUGGAAGUAAAGCUGUUGCAAUGGAUUUUGUCCUAUUAGUAUUGAUGGCACUGUGGCAACAAGGAGUCGGCGCGUUGAGGCUACUUGAGAUAAAAGUUCCAACAUAUACUGUGAAGGGACAAAGUACCAUUCUACAGUGCAGUUAUGAUCUUCAGUCGGAUAAGUUAUAUUCAGUCUCGUGGUACAAGGACAACGAGUCAUUUUAUAUGUAUAAACCAAAGUCCGAAACGAAGAAGAAUAGUUUCCAGGUGGAUGGGGUCAAAGUUGACCUGGUGCGUUCCGAUCAUCAAAAGGUGCAUCUUAAGCACGUAGAACUUCAUGCUGCGGGGAAAUAUAAGUGCGAAGUUAGUGUAGAUCGGCCAGACUUUGAAACUUCUCAAAAGGAGGAAUAUAUGGAGGUUAUUGUUUUACCACAGGAUGGACCGAUAAUUACCGGUCAAGAAAAUAUUUAUGCAAGUGGAGAUAAUCUCUCACUGAAUUGCACCAGCGGAAAAACACAUCCCAAAAGUCUUUUGAGAUGGUUCAUUAAUGGUAUUCAGGUGAAUCCUGAUGCUGAAAUAAUAAUGUCACAGCAACACGGUCUCUAUGUUGUAAUAUCAAGUUUACGUAUCGAAGUUGGACCACAUCAUAUUAAUAGCGGUCAAAUGAAAAUCAGAUGUGAAUCAAUUUUACAAACAUCGCAAGCGACAUCGCCAAUAAUUGACUCGAGGAAAGCCGAAAUUUUAGUUCAUGGUCAUGCCACUUUAUACACUCCAUCAUUAUUACUUUUAAUAUCCAUGCUCCUCCUGCGACAUCAAUUAGUCCACUGAAUUUAGGAAAUAAAAGACAAACAAUAAAUAAGGAUUUUCUAUAGAAAUAAAAUCCAAUAUGCGCGCAAUGCAGAGGGAAAAUGGAAUGAAAAAAAAACGAAAAAAAAGGAAAUCGAGAAAAAGAAACAUACAUUUCGUGACAAAAGACAAUCAUAGACUGCAUUUGAAAGCGUUCUUCACAAAGCGAAGAUGUAAUCAUCGAUGUAAGUUAAGUACGCUCUUAUGUAAUAAUAAUUCAAUUAAAUUUAAUUUCUAUUUUAUUGGAAAAUUUCAAACAUCGGUUGCAAACUAAUUUGUUCUCCUUUAUCAAAAAAAAAAAAAAAUUAUUACAAACAAAAAAAAUAUUAAAUCCUCUGGUAUUUUUUUUUAAUUUA